UAACUCCCACUAGGCAUUGUAAUAAUGGAGAAUUGGAGAUCCCCUUAUCCCCAAAACGGCCUAUUAACCAACACGUUUAGCCCGUUAACUUGAGUCAGGUUGACGUGAGCGGUUAAAAAAAAAAAAAAAAAAAAAAAAAAAAAAAAAAAAAACUCCCCACCUCUCCUUCCAAAGAAAAAUCACAUAACCUGUCCUUCAAGAAAUUGAAGCUACCAGAAUCAGAUUCUUCAUGCUUAUUCGACCCAACUGUAGUAUUGGUGGGGGACUAUGAAUAAAAUUGACUUGGAAUUCAAUUCUCCGAUUUCCUAGUAAUUCUAGCAAAAUUCAAUUUCAUCAAAAACCCUCGAGUUUUGAUCAAAAGUUGGAAUUAUCAUGGCAACAUUCAGUCGAUUAUUAACUAGGAGAGUUUGGCGCAGUGCAAUUUCUUCUUCUAAAACCAUAAACCCUUCAUCAUCUCCUCAACUCCUUCAAACUCGUCUUUGUCAUGGUUAUGGAACCCAGCAGCAAUUAGCCAAUGCGUUUAAAGGCCGUAUUCCAUUUUCUAGUUUCGAGUCUACCCGGUCACUUUGCAUUCCGCUUGUGCUAGCUAGUGUUAUUGGUGUUGGGAUUGUAGAUGUGGCUUAUGCAGAUACAAAUGAGGUCCCUUCAGAAUCUCCCUUGCCGUCUGAUAUCCCUUCAAGUUAUGAUAACCUGGAAGAAAUAGCGAAAAAUGAACGACGUAGGUUGGAGGAUCUUAUAAGAAGCAAAAGCUUGAAGUAUGGUUCUUAUCCACGAUUCACUGUUGCAGUAAAGGGCCAAAAGAUUGCUAUCAAGUUCCCAGUACCUGCAUAUUGUGAAAUCCCUAGAUUGAUAGCAAACCUUGCUGCAAGCCUCAAUGGUGGUUCACCUUUGGAAGUUCAAUCCUGGGACAGCACAGUUGCUUGGCAGCUAGCUCUCAGGCUCCCAAAUGAAAAGAGAGAAAGUGGAGGGAGUAGUGUUGGCACAGGAGAAAACAUUUCAAAUGACAGUGAUCUCUGUGUUUUAAUAUUUAGGUCACUGAUAAGUCCUGAUAAGCCGGAGGUUGAGUUCCUGAAGAAAGGAAGCUUUAGUCCUGCAGAGCUUGAGGCUCUGGUGUCGAUCAUGCAAAUAGCUGGUGAAAGGCCAGGGCAGAGCAAAGCCGGAGAUAGAAGUAGUUCUGCAGGAACACCUUCGACGAGUAAAUCAAUUACUAGCUUAGAAGCCAUGGGCAUACGUGUAUUCGGGCUUGAUGCACCACUUGUUGGUAAUGCCAAUGAAGAGGUGUCAUGGGAUACCAUUGCUGGCUAUGAUCAGCAAAAGAGGGAAAUAGAGGAUACUGUGCUGUUGGCUCUGCGUAGUCCUGAAGUAUAUGAUGAUAUUGCCCGUGGAACUCGGCGAAAAUUUGAGUCCAAUAGACCCAGAGCUGUUCUUUUUGAAGGCCCUCCAGGUACUGGGAAAACAUCUUGUGCUCGUGUUAUUGCUAAUCAAGCGGGGGUUCCUCUUCUUUAUGUGCCAUUGGAGGUCGUCAUGUCCAAGUAUUACGGUGAAAGUGAGCGUCUCUUUGGGAAGGUUUUUUCUCUUGCCAAUGAGCUUCCAGAUGGUGCAAUCAUAUUUUUGGACGAGGUUGAUUCUUUUGCUAUUGCCCGUGAUAGUGAGAUACAUGAAGCUACUAGAAGAAUUUUAUCGGUGUUAUUGAGGCAGAUUGAUGGUUUUGAACAAGAUAAGAAGGUGGUGGUGAUUGCUGCAACAAACAGAAAGCAGGAUAUUGAUCCUGCUCUCAUUAGCCGAUUUGAUUCGAUGAUUUUCUUUGGUCUGCCUGAUCACCAGAAUCGACAGAAAAUAGCAGCUCAGUAUGCAAAGCACCUUGCUAAUUCUGAACUCGACGAGUUUGCUUCAGUUACCGAAGGCUUGUCUGGACGGGAUAUCAGAGAUGUAUGUCAGCAGGCAGAGCGUCGCUGGGCAUCCAAGGUUAUUCGGAACAAAGUAAUUAACACCUCUACAGACGCUAAAGAAGGAUCCCUUCCCCCUGUACACGAGUAUAUCGAAAGCGCAAUAUCUCGGAAGAAAACCCUUUUUGACAUUGAAGAGCUAAGGAAUCAAAAACAGAGUCGUCGCCUUGAUAAACGGCCAUUGGACAUGAGCUGAUGGGAGGUCAUAGAUUUGACAUCAAACAUAGAGUGAAAUAGAUUGAUCUUGUUUUUGACUCGUUACACAAAGUACAUAGGAAAAUGGUCUGCCCCAAUAGACUUUCUAUUAGAAUUACAUGUAAAAUUGACUUUUGUAUUUAAGUUUUAACAGCGUAUCAUGUUACUUUUAUGAAUGACUGACCCCGAAGAUGUAUCCCCUUCCCGAAAAGGUUUAGCACGAUGCAUGACUUUUACGGUGCAUACACAUUUUCUUGCUUAAAUACCGUCGAUUCGGUUACAACGAAGUAUAUCUCAA